UGCUUCAAGCAUUACGCGCCUUGUUGAAACCACGUUUCUCUCCAAGAAUCAACAUUAAAUUAACUACCUUAACUCCACUCCUGUUCCGAUGGAACAAGAAAACUUUACUAAGGCGCGAUACGCCGCCAUGAUAUGGAACGCACCACUGUCUGAAACCCGCGCAGCAGAGCUUCUUGACCACCUCCAGCUGUUUGGCGGUUGCACUGUUAUUGACUUGGGUUGUGGGUGGGGAGAGAUCCUUCUCAGGGCAGUUUCGCGAAGCAGAGAGAAAAUCACUGCGGUCGGAAUUGACACAGAUGCUGCGCAUCUUGAACGAGCUCGGGCACUAGCUGAGAAUCGAGGGCUCAAUGUGGAGUUCAAUCAGCAACCCGCCAGCGAGUAUACUGGACUUGCAAGUAGAGCUAUCUGCAUAGGCUCGUCGCAUGCGCUUGGGGGCAGUAAAGCGAUGUUCGACCGCUUAUCCAAAAUUGUCCCAAAGGGCAGAGUUCUCGUUGGCGAUAUGAUCUGGAAUCGACCUCCAACCAAUGCAGCCCUGGAACUAUUUGGUAGUGAUAUUCUCACACUAGCUGAGUUAGUCGAUUCGAGUCGAGAGACUGGAUGGGAGGUUUUGAAUCUGGGGGUAGCAGACCAGCGUGAGUGGGAUGAUUUUGAGUCAAAACAUCGAGCUGGCCAGAGAGCCUUGAUCCUUGAGAGUCCAGAGAGUCCUUUCGGGCAACAGCUUAAGGAGGAGUUGGCGAAACGAGAAAGGGAUUACCUUACUGUUUACCGUGGCCUGUUAGGUUUUGCUUUCCUUGUUCUCGGUCGAUAAUAG